CAGAGGCGAGAGAGCGCACGCACUCGAAGCUCGCUCGUCGUUCCGCGUCUCUCGCGUCUCUACGCGCGCGCUAGUCGAUCAUCUGUUCGUUGUGCCGUCGGUCUCACACGUCGUGAGAGACCAGCCGGGACGCGCGUCCUGCACUCGUUCUCGCGCGGAUUCCCCGUAGCGCGUCUCGCGCGCGGCCAUUCUCCGAUCGGUUGUGAAGUGCCACCUCGAAGAGAGAGAGAGAGAGAGAGAGAGGAAGCCAGGCAGGCGGUGCACGAAGAGAAAUGCGUGACGCCGACGAGAGGCUGAUGUCCGGCGUCGCGGGGCAGCUUCGCGUGGCGGUGCAUCGUCGAUGCUGAAUCGCGGCGCGUCCGCGGUAGUGCUCGAGCGGAGUCUCGGAUGACAGCCGGAGGACUCUUUUCGCCGCUGCGCGAGUGACAGUGAGAUCCUCGAGCGCUCAGCUGGGAAGGGACCAGUCUCGGCGCACGGAUUCGAGAUUCACGCCGUCGGUGAUCCGCCGAGAGAGAGAGGACUGCUGUAACGUGAACGGGUGGUGAUCGGUAGUGAUGCCGUGAUGGGCUGCAGCUCGAGAUCGUUCUUCCUGACCACGCUUCUCGCGGCUGGAUUACUGUCGAUUGCGCUGUUCGCCGAGCUCACCUGCGCGACACGCUUGAGACAGCGCCCCGGGCCUACGGAUGCGCCGAGAGGAGGUUCUGUGAACGAGGCCGGUGUUUUUGCGCUACGGGGUAGGCAAGAGGGUAACCGGCGUUCCAGGAGGACCACCACCAGCACAACGAGCACAACGACAUCCGGCUCGACGUUGAUACCACUGCCCGACGAAGUGGCGCAGCCCGCGGCCCUUUUGGCCCCUGAAGAAGAGUCAUGGUCUACCAGCUCUUCCACCACGACCAAUGUUCCGUUACCCUUGGAUACGGCGGCUACGUCGUCCAAUCCGCCUCUGGAGCUCGUGGUGAAACCUCACAGCAAGGUCAUCUUACCUUGCGAACUGGAAGGGAAUUACUCGAGAUUAUUGCUGCCAGGAGCGAGAAGUUACAGAAUACGACCGGCGACGUGGCUGCACGAGGGAAGUCCGGUAGAUAUGAUCACGAUAGACACGAGAACGGAAAUGAGCGGAACCGGGCACAGGUAUAUCGGCGACUCCACGACCGCGGCGUUACACAUAGACAACGUCAGAUUAGAGGAUGACGGUGUGUGGGGCUGCAGGUUAGAAGACGACCGGGGGAAAAUCCUCUUCGGCAGACCGGUGAAGCUGGUCGUGCUUGAGGCACCUCGUGGGACGUACUUGCUGAUAGAUGGCCGCCGGCUGGAUCCCGGGAACCAGUUCGUGCCGGUGAAGGAGGGCUCGGAGCUUAUUCUGGAGUGCGCGGCCGAGGGUGGCAACCCGCCGCCCGUUUUGGCGUGGGGCAUGACCUUGUCUCAAGCCACUUUGGACGGGCCGGAACAACCGCCGGACAACCUUACCGUGUCGCCCUCGACAUCCGGAGGCUCCAGUAGAGCUCAUCUUAAGGUCUUACGAGGACAUCACAAUGCCACCAUAGCCUGCGUCGCGCGUCACAUCACGCUCACGGUGCCGAUGAAUGCCAGCAUCCUGCUCGACGUUCAAUAUACUCCGUCGUUCGCGAUAACGCGUUUACCUGGUUUUGGAAUUCCGAUCGUCGAGGGGAUGUCCGUCAGCCUGAAAUGCGAGGUGGACAGCAAUCCAGCCAGCACUCCAAUUUGGCAGCGUGACAAUGGCCCGCCUCCCGUGGAGCAGAGCGAUGACGGAUGGUUGAACUUCACAAAAAUCACUCGGGCCGAGAGCGGCUGGUACAAGUGCUACACGCGGCAUAUGCUGGGCAUUUUCACCAGCAUUGGAUAUUUCCUCAACGUUCGCUAUGAUCCAGAUAUGGAGACCGAGGCGGAGGCGUUGAACGGCGAGGCGACCGAUUCCCGAAGGAUGGAGGUGCAGAUCGGCGGCGCGGUCACCCUCGAGUGCGACGGCGGCUGUUGGGGUCACGGUCCCGGGAUGGAUCCGGUUGGUGGGCCCGGGCCCCUCGCUCUCAGCCGGGUGGUGUAUCAAGAGGCCGGCGAGUACCGAUGCGUCGCACCCGACCGGAAGAUGCAGGACACGUGGCGCGCUCAGUUACCUUACCACAUCAAGGUUACCGGACGGCCCAUGGUUCAUCCUCCGAGUCAGACGGUGACGGCGAACGAGGGCGAACCUCUGGACAUCGUCGUCGAGUUCUGCGCCGAGCCGAGCUACACGAAGGUCCUCUGGAUGUCGGAGGAGCACGUGUACACACCGGGCGCACCCCCUCGCGAUGGGGUUCAGGCUCUCGCAAUCGAGGACGGCGGCACGGAAUCGUGUUACAGGACGACCCUGCGCUUCGAAACGAUUCAGUGGUCUCACGCGGGCGAGUGGUUGUUGCUGGUCCGCUCGCCGGAAGGGAUCGCCGACGCUUCCGUUAUGCUCAAUGUGACGCGCGCUUCCGGAUACAGUCAUGCCCACGUCCGGUCCGCGAGCGUCACGUACCUUCUGUUCUGCCUGCUCCUGACGAUCCUGCAGGAACACCGUCGCUGAGGCGGCCCGACGGACGAGACCUCGGCGAUGGAAACCUCGGCGAAAUUCCCGCCGGUACCGGAAGCGAUGCCCGGAGGAGUUCAGCUCUCUACCAGAAGGCGAAGAGAGAGGACAUCUUCUUUGUACAUAAUGUCGAAAUUCUCUCCCGACGGAUUUCCUCCGCGCGUUUUGUCCACGAUGCGCGUAUCCUCGCGCGCGCAUCACCGAAUUGUGCGAACGCAAUGAAGUUCGACGGAAGCCCCGCUAACGCGGGGACCACUACGGCCUUGUGGCGUACCUCGGAUUACGCGAGUUCUCGUCUCCGGACGAAUCCUGCCGGACGCGUUCACGAAUUCACGGUCGCGAGCAGGAGCAGGACGGGGAGGAGGAGGAGGAAUCGCUGCCGUUCGUCACGAGAUUCCGCGCGAUGGAAUGACCCCGUGAGCCGACGGUGAGACGACACGUAAUCGCAACUCGAUCUCUAGGUGUACGAUCGAUGCGUCCUUCUCUGGCCUUAUAACGAGGAUAAUGAGGGAAAGGAGGGGACGGUGGAUGCGUAUUCAUAUAGACGGGAAAUUUGUAAACUACGAAACACUCCGCGCUCCGAACGCGCUCGAAACACGCGCGAUACGCCGCAUACGACGUGUAUAUAUUUGUAUAGGUGAUAAAUAAUAAUCUCUGAUGUUCGAAUUGUGUGUGGGAACGGUGUUCCCGCGUGUAGGGAUCAGGACGAAACGGAGACCAAUUCUUUUCCCCCUUUUUCUCCUCUUUCUCUUGCUUUCUCUCUCUCUCUCUUUCCCUCUCUUUCCUCCGAACGGUCGGGCGCGCGUACUUUGUGCGAGCGAAAGACGAAAGAUUCGCACACGGCCGGUCAACGCGCGCGACCGAACCGCUCGGCGCGCUCCGCAUUGUAAUCAUUAUAACAUUGUGAAACACAGCCACGGUGAGUAACACGGAUACUGCCGCCGUAAUGCGAAAUAGUAACGAUUGAGCGAACGGGACGGCGCGAUGCGACGGAAGAGACGAAGACACGAGAGAUCAUGGCAAAUCCCGCGGUUAAGGGAUAUCCGGGUCGAGCGGAAAAUGUCGUCGAUGAUGUCAGAGUGACGUCAAAAUGACGAGAAGAUGAUGGUUAAACCUUUCGGUUAAUAAGGUGACGGUCGAAUGACGUCUUAUUAGCGUUAGAGGUGUCAUGAAAAUGUUAUCAAGACGUUAUCUAACGUUGUCAUCUUGUUGGGACAUUUUUCGGUUAUUUUUUCAUCAUUUCGACGUCAUUUCCACGUCAUUUUCUAUUCUACUUGGGUGCGCACGGGAGAUCUCUCCUCCUCACUCUUUGUCUCUCUCCCUCUCUUUCACGCGUGCAUACCCCGAAAUAAGAAAAGAGGAUUCGUAUGGUCGUACUACCGAAUGAGAGCCGGUUUAAUUGUGCAACGUCAAAUAUUCCCGAGGAUAGAGCGACUAAAAAAAUAAAUUGUUGUAUAUUACCUAGGUAAGUAGAGUUUGAUAGCGUGUAUAUAGUGACUGUAAAUGCAUAGGCUACAUCGUACGCCCGUACAUGACGAAUUAUACAAUGACGCUGUUAGAGAUAUAUUUAUUAUUCGUUGAUAUAUUUUUAUAAAGUUUUAUUUAGCCACAUAAGUUCUCGUUCGCCUUCCCCCUCCCGAAUCUCGUUCGCACGAUCGCAACGCUCGUUUCGUUGAGAAAACAAAGCGGCGGCGACGACGACGACGGCGCUUUGAAUGACAAACUUUUCAACGAGAACCGUUACAAUAAAGUACACUGUGUCCUAUAAACGUCCUCAUUGAACCUAGCUGUAGUCAUCGUGAGAAACACGGACGUCGUUGUCUUUUACGAUACUUUCGAUCUAUCCCGAUCGGGCGGGACGUGACGCGUCUCGUUUCCCCGGCCGAUCCCUCGCUUCUUUCGAGCAUCCUUAGUGCAACUCUUUCGUGAAUUCGGUGGUUCCUAAUUUUGUAAAAAUAGAAUUUGUACUCGCGGCUUGCCGACGGCUAAAUAGUAACACGUCGUCGCACGGUACGUUCUACCUGCGCGCGAUCGCGGUCGGCACUACCUAUAGAUAUGAGAUAAACAUACCUGAGAUGUCUUCACUAUGAUUUAGUCUACUCGACGAACCCGAUUCUUUUCAGAUCGCUAAGAUGUUACAAAUAAGCAACGUGGUGUAA